AUGUCCGAUGUCCUUAGUGCUGUGGACAAGAUGUGCAAUCAGGCAUUUGUGGAUAUUAAAACUGGACCUCUUGGGAAACAAAUUUCUUUCAAGAUAGACACUGGCGCACAGGUGAAUAUUUUACCUCAUUUUGCAUUGCAACAAUUAGGUGUAAAAACCGCACUCUGUUCCUCUGUAACGAAGCUCACAGGUUAUAAUGGCAACCCUUUAGUAUGUCUAGGUUCCAUUACCCUGCAGUGUACCCAUGAACCUUCUGCACAGAACAAGUAUGUAGAAUUUCAUGUAGUAGACACCCAGUCACCACCCUUGUUUGGUUUUCAGACUUCCAUAGAUUUUGGCCUAGUUAAACUCGCACAUGCUGUCACUUCCAAUUAUGUAUCCUCCCCGCUUAACAAAACAGCAGUGCUGAAUGAAUAUUCCCAGGUUUUUAAGGGCAUUUGCUCUAUUCCAGGGCAAUGUUCUAUUUAUCUGAAACAUGAUGCUAAUCCUGUGGUUCAUCCUCCACGUAGGAUUCCUGUUGCAUUACGAGAUGAAUGCAAGAAGGAGCUAGAUAAGAUGGAGAAAUUGGGGGACAUUACAAAAGUAAGUGAGCCUACUGAGUGGGUCAAUUCAAUGGUGACAGUACAGAAAAAAUCAGGUGACUUGCGAAUAGUACUUGAUCCGGGUGACUUGAACAGAAACAUUCAACGUCCUUAUCAUCCGACGAAAACACUGGAUGACAUACUUCCCCAGCUAAACGAUGCUACAUUUUUUACAAAAUUAGACGCUAGGUCAGGUUACUGGGCCAUGCAUUUGACAGAGAAGUCUUCCAUGUUGACUACAUUCAAUACCAUAUUUGGGAGGUACAGGUAUCUGAGGCUUCCAAUGGGUAUUUCGUCUGCCAUGGAUCUGUUCCAAAAGAAAAUAGACGAAAUAUUUGAGGGUCUCCCAGGGGUAGCUGCCAUAGUAGACGAUAUUUUAGUAUAUGGCAAAACAAGGGAGGAGCAUGAUGCGAAUUUGAGAGCAGUGCUCCAAAGGUCACUAGAACAAGGUAUACGCCUUAAUCCAGAUAAGCUGGAGGUUGGGCAGUCCCAGAUUAGUUAUUUCGGUCAUGUGAUAUCUAAACAAGGUCUUAGCUCAGAUCCAGACAAGGUGUCUGCAAUUCGAGAAAUGCCUAUCCCGGAAAAUAGGUCACAACUCGAAACGGUACUUGGCAUGAGUCAGUAUCUCGCUAGAUAUGCACCUAGGCUAUCUGAGGUCACUUUGCCCUUACGAGAAUUAUUGGCGAAGGAUGUAGAAUUUCUCUGGGGUGAAUCACAGCAGCAAGCUUAUGAUCAGAUGAUUGAUAUCAUAACGCAAGCUCCUGUCCUUGCUUUCUUUGACCCGGCCAAACCCUUAGAGUUGCAAACCGACGCAAGUAGGUCAGGACUUGGGGCCACACUCCUUCAAGAAGGCAGACCUAUAGGUUAUGCCAAUAAAAGUCUUACGCCAAGCCAAAUGAACUAUGCUAUGAUUGAGUUAGAGUGUCUUGGACUGGUAUUUGGCUUGAAGAAAUUCCACCAGUGGGUGUAUGAGAAAAAAGUCAAAGUAGUUACAGACCACUUACCAUUGAUAGCUAUAUGUAAGAAACCCUUAUUUGCUGCACCUGUUAGGUUACAGCGGCUGCUCUUAAACAUUUCACAGUAUGAUAUAGAUGUCACUUAUAGGCAGGGAACUCAGAUUCCUUUACCAGAUACUUUGUCUAGAUUUCCGGUCAAGGAUACAGAUCCGUCCCUGACGGAAACUGUAGAAGUCCAGGUUAAUAUGGUCAAAAGAAGCUUAAAGGUAAGUGACCGGAAAUUACAAGAAAUCAAGGUCAAUACUGACAGGGACGAACAACUUUUGUCCCUGAAGCAAGUCAUUAUUGAAGGUUGGCCUGAUGAAAGAAAUCACUGCAAGUCAGAACUGCUAGAUUUCUGGAAUUACAGGGAUGAGCUUACCGUCAUGGAUGGGGUAAUAAUGAAGGGUCAAAAAAUUGUUAUUCCUAAAUCCCUAAGGGCGGACUUAUUGUCAAAACUACAUUCUUCAAGUCAUAUGGGAAUAGAGAAAACAAUAAGUAGAGCAAGUGAUAUUGUUUUCUGGCCUAGAAUCACCCAGGAAAUUAAAGAUCUCGUUCUGAAAUGUCCUGUAUGUUUGCAACACAGAGACUCAAACCAGAAAGAACCGCUUGUCUACACCCAAGUUCCGGAAUACCCAUGGCAGGUAGUUGGCACAGACCUUUUUGAAUUCAAUGGCAAAGACUUUUUGAUAGUCGCUGACCAUUAUUCACAUUACUUUGAGGUCAAAGAGCUGCCUAACUGUAGAAGUUCGACAGUUAUAAGUAGGCUCAAGGGCAUAUUUGCUAGAUUUGGCAUACCAGAAAUUGUAGUAUCUGAUAAUGGGCCAUGCUAUGCAUCUCAUGAGUUUGCAAACUUUGCAAAGCUCUGGGAUUUUACACACCAGACCACAAGUCCUUACCACAGCUCCGGUAAUGGUUUUGCGGAAGCGUACGUGAAAAUUUGCAAGCGCAUUUUCACGAAGGCCAGUGCAUCAGGCACCGACCCAAUGAUAGGAAUACAAGAACAUAGGGUUACAAAACUUAAAAUAGGUUUUUCACCCAGUAAAAUCAUGUUCCAACGUCAAAUUAGGUCAGUGUUGCCAGUUGCUAAGUCACAAUUACUUCCCCGGCAAAUCUCACACAAGGUCAUUCGUGAGAAAUUGUCAGCAAACAAGGAAAGGGAGAAAGUGUUUUAUGAUAUGACAGCCAAGCAUUUACCACCAUUAGAAAUAGGAGAUUCGGCACGAAUUCAGCAAGCAAAUAAAAAGUGA